UGGUCAUUAGAGGGGAAAUGGUAUCUGGAUCACAAAGCCCUGCUAAAGGAUCAUAGGGUUAUAUAAAGAUCGGCCCGGGAGACGGUGGACCAGCUGUACAGAGGACUAAGCCAACUCUUCCACUAGGAUUUACCUGUGUCUGCCAAUUGCAGAGGAGUAUUAACACUCAGAAAACAGGUCUCACCAUGGAUCUGGCAGAGAUGGUGCACUAAUGGUGAGGUUUCCUGUUACAAAAGGACUACUCCAAGCAGCCGUUGGAGUUGUACAACCUCAUGCGAUGGAGUCAGAGCUGUGCCUACAUCACCUAACUCCACUGCAGAGAAACUACACAUUGACAUCUUUCCUGGCCAAUACCUUUCACUGCACGCAGUGACGCAGGUGGAGGCUUUCAGUUGGCAGCUUGAUCAAACCUGUCAAGAUGCCAGUUGUGAAUGAGCAAUGUGAGCGGAUGAGGAAGUUCAAAAACAGAGGCAAGGAUGCAGCUGCACAGAGGAGGCGGAGAGUGGAGGUGAACAUAGAGCUUCGAAAGGCCAAGAAGGAUGAACAAAUCCUGAAACGCAGAAGUAUUUCCACCACUUCCAUGGAGGAGACUCUUUCUCCAGGGCAAGAGAAGAAGAAUGCAAUUAUUCAGCUGUCCUUGGAGGAAAUAGUUGAAGCUGUGAAUGGGAGCAAUACUGAGCUACAGCUGCAGGCUACACAGGCAACCAGGAGAAUGCUGUCCAGACAGAGGGACCCACCUCUCAAUCAGAUCAUUGAAUCUGGGAUUAUCCCCCGCCUGGUUGAAUUCCUAACCCGUGCUGACAAUGCUCCUCUGCAGUUUGAAGCAGCCUGGGCACUGACUAACAUAGCAUCUGGCACCUCAGACCAUACCAGAGCAGUGGUGGAAGGAGGUGCUAUCCCAGCCUUUGUCUCCCUCCUGUCCUCCCCGCACAUGCAUAUCAGUGAGCAGUCUGUGUGGGCUCUGGGCAAUAUAGCAGGUGAUGGUCCUCUGUACAGAGAUGCCCUUAUCAAUUGCAAUGUGAUUCCUCCUUUGCUGGCUCUGGUGUCACCUGUAACUCCAGUUGGGUUCCUGAGAAACAUCACAUGGGCACUGUCAAAUCUCUGUAGGAACAAGAAUCCAUACCCUCCUCUGGAUGCAGUAAAAAAGAUGCUGCCUGUCCUCAUCUGCCUCAUGCAACAUGAAGACAAGGACAUAAUUUCUGACUCCUGCUGGGCUGUGUCCUAUCUGACCGAUGGGUCCAAUGAUCGCAUCCAAAUUGUGGUUGAUACAGGGAUUCUCCCGAGGCUGGUGGAACUUAUGGCCAACCCGGAGCUGAUUGUUAUGACUCCAGCCCUCCGUGCCAUUGGGAAUGUAGUCACAGGGACUGAUGAACAGACCCAGGCAGCUAUUGAUGCUGGUGUCUUGGCUGUCUUGCCCUGUCUCUUGCGGCAUGCAAAACCAACUAUACAGAAGGAAGCAGCGUGGACUCUCAGUAACAUUGCAGCAGGGCCAUGCCGGCAAAUCCAGCAACUCAUUACCUGUGGAUUAUUGCCACCUCUGGUGGAGCUGCUAGAUAAGGGAGACUUCAAAGCUCAGAAAGAGGCUGUGUGGGCUGUGGCUAACCUCACAACAGGAGGCACUGUGGAGCAGGUAGUGGAACUUGUCCAGUCUGGGGUGCUCAAACCUUUGCUUGACCUACUCUCAGCCAAAGACAGCAAAACUAUCCUGGUCAUCCUGGAUACCAUUGCAAAUCUCUUCCUGGCAGCUGAGAAGCUGGGAGAGACAGAAAGGCUGUGUCUGCUAGUUGAAGAACUUGACGGUCUGGAGAAAAUUGAAGCCUUGCAAACCCAUGAAAACAACAUGGUCUACCGAGCUGCACUGAGUAUCAUAGAGAAAUACUUUGCUGGUGAGGAGAAUCCAGAUUUGCAGCCUGGGACUGACCAAGAUGGACAACUAUAUGAUUUCUCAGUGGAGAAGCAAGACUUCAACUUCUGAAGAUGAAGCACUACAGAGCACUGACCUGCUAGGUGGAGGUGGCUGGUAGGAGCUUGGAUCUCCAGACCAAGAGACCGUAGAUGU